CCAAUGACAUUUCUUCUGCGGUUUCAAUGACUAGUAAAAAUAAUUUAUUUGUAAGACUUUAAAGUGUUCCUCCGUUACUCUUAUAAUUUGAUAUAUAUUCAAUAUGAGUUGUUUGAUGGAUUUCGGAGAAGUUAAUAUACCAUCAUCCAGUGCUUAUUGGGAUUGUGAUGAAGAUGAACCGGCACAGGAAAAUACCACAAAAUUACAAUUAACAUUUGAAGCUGGCCAGCCAGAGAAAGCAGUAGAUAGUCAAUUGUUUCUUAUAGUUGAAGGUUUGGAUGCAGUUAAACUUAUUGAAAGUGUCUUACUUGACACAACCGAAAAGAUUUGCUCAAUACCGACCGUGGAAAGUAAAUCAUGGCUUUACAAAUUAAAAGAGAAAAAUAUUCUAGUUGCUGCAUUGGAGAAAGAUCUCACAAAUAGUGGCGAAAUUACUGAACUACUGCUGCCAUAUGCACAAAAAGCACAACAGGUGGUCACACUAACUAUAACAAAUAAAAUUUACUACAAAAGUGAGGAUUUAGGCGAUAUUAGCAAAGAAUCAUCUUUGUUAGGUAUUAAUUCGAAACUGCAAGGUAUAGAGGAGUUACAGCCACCUAACUUUAUAACUGGAGUGGUUGCUGGCAUUGCAUCUUGGUGCAGUAACAAAUCGCUUGCAGUGAGUUCAUAUGUUGCGUAUACACACAAAGGAAAGGUGGACGUCGUUUCAGUUGAACCAAUCGCAAAAUUACUGCAACAAUUGGGUUUAUCGUGCAGCACUUUCUAUAAUUUUACGGAUGUAUCUUCAUGUUAUUCCUAAUAAUAUUCCAAAAUUGGUGGUGGUACACAAUAGAAACCGUGACUUUUAUUUUUGG